UGCCGUUGCAGUUUCACUUGCAACACCGGAACUCCAAUAACUUUCAACAAAACACACACAAAUGUUCUGGUAGGAUUCAGCAAUAAAUUUGUUUAAAAAGUGUUAUUUUCAAGUGAAGUGCCAAGAAAGAAUAGAAAAAAGAUGCAGUGCCUCUGGUCGACACUGCUGGGCCUUGUGGCUGUGCUCGUCCAGGUCACAGGUCGUUCGGUGCGUCAGGUAUCCGGCGGCUACCAUCCCGGAUAUUACGGACAACCGGCUCCCUAUCCGGCCUAUCAUCAUGCCCCUCUGCCCUACGGCUACCACGGAUACCAGCCAGCACCUCCCGUCUAUAGUCCAGCACCUGCUGCUUAUUACGGCAAUGUCUAUGGAGUCUUCAAGGACUUCCCGGGCGGCGGAAGUCCAGUUAGAUACGAUUAUAACAAUCGCUGCUCCCGGAACUAUGUGGGAAUCAAGCCACAUCCCGACCAGCAGCAGUACUACUACAUCUGUCAGCCAAACUGUGUGAUUUUCAGCAAGUGCCCCAACCAAGAGAAAUUCAAUCCCAGCAGUGGAAGAUGUGUCCAGCAACAGAUACAGCCUCUCAACCUGCCAGCGAACCGCCCUCAGUGCCAGAAGGAGGGACGCUUCCCGCAUCCACAUGAUUGCAAGGUCUACUACCGGUGUCACAAGAAUCAAACAGAGCCCUGGCUCUUUGCCUGCCCCGAGGGCACUGUGUUCUCGUCGCUGGAGAGGAAGUGCCUGCCCGGCGACCAGUGCCCCUCCACGGAGAUCUCCGACAGCGGCAGCUAUAUUCCACAGAACUGUGAACUCAAGUUUCCCGAGUGCGCCGAGGAGGGCACCUUCCGUUCGCCGACGGACUGCGCUUUGUACUACACCUGCCGAUUGCAAAAGGAAACCGGUAACUUCCUGCAGACGAGGUUCAAGUGUCCGGGCAGCAACAGCUUCGACCUGGACAAGAAGCUCUGCCGGCCGCGUAAUGAGGUGGAGUGCUAUGAUUAUGUCCCGGGUCCGGUGCCGGGUCCUUUCGCGCCGCUACCCUAUUAUCCGCCCUAUCCGGCUGCCCUGCCCCUCUACGAGGAGGAUGACUAUGACACGGGUGCCGGCAAGGAGCAGGAGACUCCUGCCCUCAAAUCGGAUCGUGCUAAGAGCUUUGAGAAGCCCUCCGUCAACAUAGUUAUCGUGCCCACCACCACUACCACGACGACAGUGAAGCCCAACACUCCCACAUACUCGUAUCCUUACUACUAUCCUUCCUACGAUAAGUCGCACCACCACAACAGCAAGGAGGAGGAGCCCGCUCUGAGGAGUCUGAAGCUGGAGGAGGACAUUGUGAUUCUUCCCACGGCGACAACUAAGAAGUACGAGUAUGUGAGGUACACGAAGACCAGGACCGAGGAAGAGGAGGCCACUGAGGCUCCAAGAGAUGGUGGAAGGAAGUCGCUGAAGGGCUUGAGCUUGUCCGAGAAUAUUGUGAUUAUUCCGACCACAGAGAAGCCCACAGUGCCAACUUGUCCCACGCAUCCUAUAACCAAGAAGCCAGAAACCACUUCUACAACCACCAAGAAGCCAACGACAACCACAACUACUACGAAAAAGACAACGACAACGACGACUCCAAAGCCUACAACCACCACUCCAAAGCCUACAACUUCGACCCCAAAACCUACAACUACUACGACCAAGAAGACGACAACCACUACGACUGAAAAACCCACGACAACCACUACUACAACUAAGAAACCAACAACAACUACUGAGAAGCCCACAACAACCACUCAGAAACCCACAACGACGACUGUGAAACCCACAACAACCACAGAGAAACCCACAACAACUGUGAAGACAACCACGACUACGAAAGCGACAACCACACAGAAGCCAACACCAACAAAGAGGGAAACCACUACAGUGACAACUACCACCGAAAAGCCAAAAACUACAACGCCAAAACCAACAACUACAACUGAAAAACCAACAACUACGACACUGAAAACGACAAAAACUCCCAAGCCAACAACGACAACGACUACGACUCCUAAACCAACCACUACGACCCCAAAACCUACAACAACUACUGAGAAAACGACGACAACUACUCAGAUACCAACCACUACGACUCGAAAGCCAACAACGACGACUCCUAAACCGACAACAACUACUCAGAAACCAACUACUACGACUCCAAAGCCAACAACUACAACUCAGAAACCAACAACGACAGCUCCUAAGACAACAACAACCACUGAGAAGUCAACAACCACAGAGAAGUCGACUCCCACAAAGCGGGAAACGACAACUAUUAGUACAACAGAGAGGCCAAAGACUACUCUCAAUCCCACAACCACAACCACCAAGAAGACAACCACAAUUGAACCUAAAACAACGACCAAGACAAGCACCACAGUGACGACAACAACAGAGAAACCAACAACGACAACAAUUAAGCCGACAACCACACAGAAACCAACAACUACAACGCCAGAGACAACGACAACCACUCUGAAGACAACAACUCCUAAGCCUACAACCACAGAGAAGACGACGACUCCUAAGUCUACAACAGUGACUUCUACGACCCAGAAGACAACAACUAUAACCACUACAACCACUCCAAAGCCAACCACUACGACGAAGAAACCAACAACGGUGACAAGUACUACCCAGAAGUCAACGACAACUACUGAGAAACCGACAACUUCGACACCAAAGCCUACAACUUCGACUUCAACACUAAGGCCUACCACUUCUACUCCGAAGCCUACGACUUCCACGCAGAAACCAACAACAGUGGAGACAACAACGACUACCAAACUGACAACCAUUCCUUCUACAACUUCCAAGAAGACAACAGAAACUACUCCCAAGACAACAACUGUGACGAUAACCACACAGAGACCCACCACAACCACUCUCAAACCAACAACAGUGACAAUAACGACACCAAAGCCAACAACCACCACUCGACAGACCUCGACAGUGACAACAACGACCCAGAAACCGACAACAACCACUGCCAGGAUGACAACAACGAAGAAAACAACUACUCUUCCAAGUUCCAGCAGCUCCACCACCACCACAGAGCUGACCACCGAAACUAAGCCACACUGCCCCGAUUCGGACGACACCUCAGUUGCCACACCAGACGAUGAACUCUCCACCGAGAAGGUGCCCCAACUGAUCGUGAAGGUGUACGAGCCCAUCGACCUCAAGAUUGUGUUUUGCCCCAAGUCCUGUGACGAGGAUCAUGACCACAAAUAUGACCCAGCUGAUAGUCAUAAGAAGCCCAGCUGUUUUGGAAGCGGAUGCGACGACGAGGAGGAGCAGGUCCACAAGCAUGUCGCCAUCCAGUGGAAGCCACUGGAGCUGAGCGACGUGGCCAGUUUCCAGAAUGCAGGCUAACCUCCUCCAUACCCUUGUACAGGACUCUUAAACUCUUAACUCUUAAACAAUACGAUUAACCCUUAACUAUAAAGACAAUAGACAUAAAAAAUAAAUAGAUAUUUUUAAAA